GCAAACAAUCUGUUUUCGACAGAUGCACCGCAAAAUGUUCACAUUACUGAAUCGCGUCUUCACCUCUUUCAGCCCACCAAAGGCGGAAAAGAAGGAUGGAGCAAUCAGAUUUGGCAUCCUGGGAGCCUCCAAGAUCGCACCAAUGGCACUGAUCACUCCAGCCACUUCACACUCAGAGGUCAUCAUCCAAGCUAUCGCAGCCAGAGAUCGCAGUCGUGCCGAGGAGUUCGCCAAAAAACAUGGCAUCCCCGAAGUGAAGGAAACCUACGAAGACCUUUUCUCCGACCCAAACAUCGAUGCAGUGUUCAUCCCCCUCCCCAAUGGCCUGCACUACGAAUGGUCCGUCAAAGCGAUCCGAGCCGGCAAACAUGUCCUUGUCGAAAAGCCGUCAACCUCCACCUCCGCCGAAGCAGAAAUACUCUUCAACCUGCCCGAGCUCUCCCUUCCCAACGCCCCCAUCAUCCUCGAAGCUUUCCACAACCGCUUCCACCCCGCCGUGCAAAAGUUCCUGUCUUUCGUUUCUUCUCCCGACGUCGUGCACGUAUACACAGAUAACAUGGUACCGUGGUGGUUCACGAAAAAGACGGAUCUCGAGUACAACUACCAGCUAGGCGGGGGUAGCAUAAUGGCGCUUGGCACCUACAACUUCGCCCUCAUGCGUAUGGCUUUUGGUGAGGAGCCAGUGGAGUGUUUAUCUUGUGAGACAAAGAUUUUCGCUGAUGGGGAACACGAUCGAUGUGACCAUACUUUCGAGGCGCAGUUCCGAUUUCCAAACGGUAUUGGUGAGGCGAAGACGACACUGCAGGGUCCGUUGUGGUGGAAGCCAUCGGAAUGUCGGGUUACGCAUAGGGAGGUUGUUGUGCUGGAGAAGGGUUUGGAGGAUGGGCUGGAGAAGGUUAUGACUAGGGUUGUUACGCUACAUGGGUGUAUGCACGCUGUACUUUGGCAUCGCAUUGAUGUGAGGGAUGAGUAUCGAAUGAGGGUGAAGGAGACGGGGGAGGUGGUGAAGAGGUGGAAGGAAGAGAAGUUGCACAAGGCUUAUACUCAUAGGGAAGCGGGUGGGGAUCAGGCUGAGCGACAGGGCGAGGAUUGGUGGAUGUCAUAUCGGUAUCAGCUUGAGGCGUUUGUGGAUCGUGUAAAAGGGAGGGGAGUACCGUAUUGGGUCACGGGAGAGGAUUCGACCAAGCAGAUGAGGAUGGUUGAUAUGGCUUAUGAGAAGAGUGGGUUAGGUUUGAGGCCGACCAGUGAGUUUCGUUAG